AUGGCUCAAACUGAGAAAAUUACUUUCAAAUCUAUUUUGUGGGUGCAAUUCUUACUGUUUUCUCAUGUGCCAGAUGAUACAGGAAAUCGACUUCGGUUCCAGCUGGAGUUAGAGUUUGUUCAGUGUCUGGCUAAUCCAAAUUACCUCAACUUUCUUGCACAAAGAGGCUACUUCAAAGACAAAGCUUUUGUAAAUUAUCUUAAAUAUUUACUUUAUUGGAAAGAACCUGAAUAUGCAAAAUACCUGAAGUAUCCUCAAUGUUUGCAUAUGCUAGAGCUGCUCCAGUAUGAACAUUUCCGCAAAGAACUGGUAAAUGCUCAGUGUGCUAAAUUUAUUGAUGAGCAACAGAUUCUUCACUGGCAGCAUUAUUCACGGAAGAGAAUGCGCCUCCAACAAGCACUUGCAGAGCAGCAGCAACAAAACAACACCUCUGUAAAAUGAAAAAUGCUUGGAAGAGUGA